ACAAGAGCCCGAGACGCGUUCGCGCUCACAGUCUCUUCGAGGGACGAAUCUUCUGGCGGGACUCGUCACGCGAGAAGAAUCUGCUCUUGCUGCUUCUUUCGUGUGUCGUUUCAAGUCUGUGCUGGAGGCGGGCGCAGCAGACGCGGUCACCACCCUCCGUCAGCAGCGCGCAGCGGCGCGGGACACCGUCCACCAAACUCACUCUGACCAAGACGCUCUGUGGCGACGAACCUCCCAGGAUCUGCGUCUGGAUCCGCGCGGACAUGAUUCUGCUCUGCAUUCUGGUCACGAGCCUGGCGAUGACCCAGAACCAAGGUGAUAAUGGUGACCGAUGAAGGUGAUGAUGAUGAUGAUGAAGGUGGUGAUGAAGGCUCACAAGUCAAACUUAAGGGCCUCACAGUGGAGCAGGGCCUCACAGUGGAGCAGGGCCCCACGGCGGAGCAGGGCCUCACAGUGGAGCAGGGCCUCACAGUGGAGCAGGGCCCCACGGCGGAGCAGGGCCUCACAGUGGAGCAGGGCCUCACAGUGGAGCAGGGCCUCACAGCAGAGCAGGGCCCCACGGCGGAGCCUUCCCUCAGAGGUCAGCGGCGAGCGAAGCGCUGCUCGUGUGAGAACAGGAGGGAUGAGGAGUGUAUCUUCUUCUGCCACAUUGGCAUCGUGUGGAUCCACACACCGAGCCGCCUGCUGCCGCUGGGCUUGGCUUCCGCCCGACUCAGAAGAGAAGCAGUCCGCUGCAGGUGCCGCGACGCCAGUGACGACAAGUGUGUGCGCUUCUGCCGGGUCCACACACAGCAGGAGACACACGCCUGGUGAGAGCACAGAGCCACUUGAGACAGACAGAGGGCAAAGUUGUAAUCGUCUACCCGGUGGACAAACUGUACAACUACAACACGGGUUCUGCUCUGACUCAUCGGGAUGUUGCCAUGACUCAGCAACUUGACAAGCGCAGCAAGCAUCAGGCGUGUCUUUCUGUCGGGUCCUCCACCUGUCAGUCACCAGCUGAUGGAACUCUUGGCAACGUGCCGCUGGUGCUCGUCUCCUUCUGCCGCGAGGAAACGCAGCUUACAGAAGAAGGAGCUUCUGGUGGGCGUCACUGAGGUGUUCCACAUCCAAAUAAAGGUUCCCACUGAGAUGUUUGUGUUGUUAGUCUGAGACCAGAGAAUCCAGCAACCGCUCGGGGAGCUGCUUCCUUGUUUGCCUGGCGACCACUCUGAGGCGGCCAUGUCAUCGCCACCUUUAGUGAGGGCUCAUCAAAGGCGGCCAGGAG